AGGAACUCCACUCUGGAUGGAUGCCUCAGGCUAAAAGUGGGCUGCUUGGCCAGCCUGGCAUCUCUGGCCCUCCUUGCCUGGAACUUGGAGGGUACUGAGGAUCCACCACUAAUACCACCACCACCACCAUCCCUGGUGCUGGAGAGGGAAGGCAGAGAAGACCAUAUGGCUGGGAAGGAGCCUGGAAGGGGAGCCAGAAGCCAACAAAGCCAGCCUGACCACAAGUGAUCACCCCGGGAGGAGGGAAGGGGCAUUGGGGGCACCUGAACACCCCUCUGCCCCCUUCUCUGCCCUCCCAGCAUCACUGCCCAGGAGCCAUGGACCCACAGUCUCUGGAUGCUGCUGUACAGACCACACUUUUGGGACUCUUCCCUCCCUUCGAGGCCACGGCUCCGACGGUCCUCAGCCAGCUCUUCCGUGUCCUGGAGGCCAGGUACCACGGGGAUGGGCUCUGCUGCCUCCUGGACUUCCUCAUCCCUUCCAAGCGCCUUCUGGAGCACGUCCGCCAGGCCGCUUGUGCCCCUUACGUAAGCCGUGUCUUCCUCCAUGAGGGAUGGCCGUUGUGUCUCCAUGAGAAGGUAGUGGUCCAUCUGGGGCCGUUGAACCCGCUCCUCCUGCGUCCUGGCGACUUCUACCUCCAAGCGGAGCCAUGUGGGGAGCAGUCGGCUUGUCUGGCGGUCAAGUGUCUCUCCAGGGAUCUGACCACCGUGGAGAAGAUCCUUGUCCCUGAAGCUUCGUGUUCCUUGCUCUUCACCAAGGAAUGGCUGGAGGACAUCAACCGGGACUUGGACCGACCAAUGCUCCACACUUGCUUAGUGGCCACCGGGAAUGGGAUCGUACCUGUUGCAUGGAACAAAAUUGUGACUCCGGAAUUCGUGCACUUGCCCAAAACAGAAGGUUUGGUGGAACAAAAAGACUAUCUGGAGGCUUACUCCUUCCUGAAAGCUGGUGUUGAUGGAAGCCCGAGGCCAUCUCAAGGCAAGUAUCCAGGCCUUAUCAAGGUAGAGCAAGGAACCUGGAAAAACUCCACUUUGUUCACCCUGCCAAGUCUGUGUGAUAUCAUCAGUGAGAACCUGGAAGGGGAGUAUGUGAAUCUCCUGGGAUUUUCAGAAGAAAAGAAACCGGAUUCCCCUUCUCCUGCCAAGUCUAUGGCGCCUUUAGGUCAUCAACAACCAUCUCAAGGAGAGGAAUCACCCAGGACUGAGAAGGGACUUGUUUGUAUGAAGGGAAAGAAUGGGUUUGUGGAGGAAAGCUGGAGUUGUGGGACGGGGCCAGACUCGGAGGAAGGUCCUUGCACCCCUUGCUUGAGGAGGAAAAUGAACCAAGACCCCAAAGUCCACGAGCCAAGAUGCCGCUAUCGGGAAUCCUAUGUGGCUGCCCUGAAAAACCCAGUCAGCUUCAGCUCAGGAUUGAUGGAAGCUAUUUUGGAAGAGAUGGACACAGCCCAACAUGCCUCUGAAAGCCCAGAUGGGAAGCCCACCAAAGGGUCGGAAGAGAUAGUUUCCAGAAUCUCCUCUGAGCAUCCAAACAAGGAAGGCAAAGCUGGAGAGGUCUCCAAGCGAAGGCCCAUGAAACACCUGAAGUCUCCCAUGGAGGGUCCUGCUGCCGGCAAUAAAUUUUCAUUCUUGAAAGGAUACCGUCAUCCUCAUCCUCCUCCAGCUUCCAUUUGCGUUGUGGAAAAAGCCAAGAAGGGUCAGGAAGGACCUCGGAAAAGGACCGUUUGCUCUCCCAAAGCAGCCCAAGCCAAGCCAGCAAACGCAGGGAAAGGUCCAAGUCAGUUUGAUGCAGUAUUUUUGGAACAUCCCUCAUCCAAGAGCAUAGAUAGCAACAGCGCCAGCUUUUCUAGCAUUGAUGCCAUGCUCCAAGAAUUGCACCUUCCAGGAUCCAGCCCUUGGGAACCUGUUAGUUGGGAGUCGCUGCAUCCUGAGCUUUUGUCUUCUGGAGUUGUGUGUCUGCCAGGGGGUACAGACAAAAUGGGGAGACCCAUCAUCCACAUCACCACCAGCAGCCGAGAGUGGCACGCCCCCUGGUGUUCAGCCAUGGAACUGCUGCGACUCCUCCUCUACCUUUGCGCCUUGUCCAGGAAGCAGUCCAGCUCCAUGGGUCUGACGGUGGUCAUCGAUGCCAGGAAAGAUACUCCCCAGCCUUCUCUCUCUGCAGCCCUGGGGGCCACCCAGAAGAUCUUACCUGGCUCUAUCCACUCUGUCUUGCUUCUGGCAGAAAAGGAAACGGCUUCCCACCUGGAAAAGUUACCUGGCGUGCCGGUAGAGCUGCUGACCUCUCUCAAGGCGCUGACCCGCUUCGUGGACGGAAGCCAGCUGAUCCACGCCUUGGAUGGCCAGUUCCCCUACAGCCACGGCGAUUGGGUCCAGUACUUUCAGAAGUUGCACCACUUUGCAAAUGAUCUUGCUAAGGCCUCGGAGUUGCUGCGGAGCACCAUCCAAGAGCUGGAGAAGGGCGACAUUCCCCAGACCUUGCAGGCGGUUCGGCAGCAGAAGGAGCGCCACCGGCAGCUGAUGGAGGAGGUCCUGUCCGAUGCGCAGGUGGUGGGCUUGCAGAGGGACGGUGGGGCCACCUUGGCCAGGCUGCGGAAGGAGGCCGCCCGGCUCAGCUCUUCCCCUGCCGUCUGGAUCGGCAUCGACUGGGCCCUGGCCCUGUACAGCGCAGUGGAGGACCAGGUCCACACCUUGGUCACCAAAUCCAACAGCCGCUUGGAGCACCUGGAGUUCCUCUCGAAGAUCCGAGAACUGGAAGGAGAGUUCAGCAAGGUCAGUUUGUGGUUUGAGGAAGAAGGAGAGCCAGAGCUCCAUAAAGUGGGAUCUGCAGAAGGCAGCCGGGAGACCAUUGAAGAGGCCUAUCGGAGGUUUAAGGACUUCUUCAAAGAAGCCACGGUCCACUACAACCAUGGCCUCUCUCUGUCCAAGGAAGCGGCCAAGUUCCAAGGGUCCAGCUCCCCUGAAAUGGAGGCCUUUGAGGUCGCGAAGGGAGCUUUCCAGGCAAAACUGACCACCUUCUACAUGGACAUGGAGAUGAAAGGGGCUGAGCUGGAGAUUUUGCUAGAUCUUCACCGCUUCUGCGACAAGGUCACUCAGUUCAACCUCGAUUGCAAGCAGCGCCUGGCCCUCUCAGCAUCCAAAGGGAAUGAUCCCAAGAGCAAGGAUGCCCAGCGAGAUGCAGAAGAUUCUCUCCAGCGGCUCUCAGAGGAGUUUUCGCCUGAGAAGUUCCAGCAGAUGAAGAUCCAGGCGUCCAGCAUGUGCAAUGGAAAUGGCCUGGCCGUGUGGAGAGAAGCUCUGGAGAGAUGUCAAGAGGCCAAGCAGAUCCUUGAAGAUGCGCUGGUGAGAUUCAAAGAAGGCAGAGGAGACUGUGGAGAGAAGAGCGGACCUUUCAACCCAGCUCCUAAAGGUGACAAUCCUGACUUGGGUGGAGCAUCAAUGGAAACCAAAACCCAAGGGAAGCUGGAUGAGGACAAAUGCAAGAUUGAAGAGGAUGGAUCUGAGGACACCCCUGGCGUUGGUGACAAUGUGUCUGUUCCAGCACAUGACAAUAUAGAUAAGGAUGUGAAGGGGAGUGAGGAGACCUAUCUUGAUUCUCUGGGCACCAUCUUGGAAUGUGCGAAUCCUGAAGCUCAGGACUUGGAUAUAGAGGCCUCAGAAAGCUUCUGCACCCCAACUCCAAGCUUGCCCUCCACUCCUCCUGACUUCUCCUCUCAUCCUACUACUAAGCAGAUGCUAGGGCCCUGUGGGAACUUGCCUUCCAACAAGCAACCCUCCGCAUCCAUGCCAUCGAAAGGUCGGAGCAGCCGGAGGAAAGAAACAGCCCAAUACUUCCAGCUCUCCAGACAUGAGAGCUUUUCAUCAGAAGAUGCGGAUUCCCAGAACUCUGCUGAAGACACCCUGGGAUCCAGUACUACCACUUUGUUCAUGGACUCUCCAAGCUCCAAAGCCUCCUGGACUCAGGAGAGGUCUUUGGGCAUUCUCUAUUUGGAGAACCACAAUGCAAACCCCUUGCCCAAUGCAGCCACACAAUAAAACCUGAGGAGCCUCAGUCGCAAGUUCCACUCCACAGUUUCCCCAUUGAGCUCUUUGAUGGGUAGAAUAUUCCCACAGCUUUUGUUGCUGUGUGCCUCCAAGUCAUAUUUAUGACUUAUGGCGACCCUAAGGUGAACCUAUCAUAGGGUUUUCUUGGCAAGUUUCUUCAGAGGGAGUUAGCCAUUGCCAUCCUCUGAGGCUGAGAGAGUGGGACUUGCCAAAGCUUUGGUGCUUUAUUAUCCCCCAUGUUUGUUUGUUUUUAAAUAGCUUUUUGGCCAAGAUCCUACACUAGUCUUGUGUGGUAUUAAAUUGCACCACACAUAACCCUUGUGUUAGGUUAAAUUGGCAUCACUCACAACCCUUGUGUUCAAUGGCAAUGUUGCUCAGCUGAACCAGGGCACCAAAAAUGCAACUGAAUGUACAACCAAAUGUGCGUGUCCAUCCAUGCGCAAAUGUACAGUGGCAUUACUGUGCAAUACAAAGUGUAUGCCCAUACACAUUCCACAUCCCUUCAUCAUUUGCAUCCCAUGUGCAGUGGCACCAGUUGUGCAAUUCUCAACCUUGAACCAAAUGUGAAUGUUUGGCAUUGGACAUGAAAAAAUGUCCAACUGCUUCUGUAGCAUUUGGAAGACAGUGACAGGUUUCCAGCCUGUAUUUUUCAGUUUUCUUAAUGAGUAUUGCAGGCGUAUUGCUCCUUUGAGUAGGACUAUUGGCUCUACUGACAACGAACAUCUCACUUCGCUACUUGCAUGUAGUAGAUGUUGUAGAAGAAAAGUGGUUCUUGGCUGGGGGAUACAGUUCCUUUCCUUCAUAUUUUGUCUGGGAACAGAGCUUAAGGAAAGGAAGAGCAUAAAACCCAUGGAGCAUUUGCAUUUCACACAUGCAUUCACUAGUUACUGAAUGAUGGUUAUUAUUUAAAGUUGCUUUCCUCCAAGAGAUAUCCACUGUCUGCUCUGCAAGAACUGGAGCAUUUGGGCCCAGUUCAUAAGGGGGAUUUUGAACCAGAGACAUUUUCACGUGCAAAGUGCCUUUUCCUCUUAUUCUCUCCAUAAUGUGGAACAGUCCUGUGAAUGAUAUUCCUCACCAGUGGCUUCAUUGAAAUCAACAGGGCUUACAUUAAACAUUUGUCCUAUUGGCUUCAAUGGGACUCAGUCAUAACUAAACGGCAGGAUAAGAUCCCUGUGUUGAAGGAUAUUAAGAAAACUUGCAUUUUCCAUCUAUGUAUGUUAUCCCAUGUGAGGUACUUCAUGUCAGAUGUGCGAAAUCUCAGAUAGGACAUUCACUGGGUGUAUGCCUUGGGCAAAGAUUGCUGCCUUGCUUACCUUGCAGGGUUGUUGUGGGGAAAACGUAGGAUAGAUUAGCAUGUAACCUAAAGCUCCUUGUGCAAGCUUACAUUGAGUCAGGGGGAAAGGGGGCUGAUCACUACUCCAGACCGGAGGGGUAUUAU